GUUUACCUCUCUUCUCGUCCAACCUUCCGAGUUUUUUCUCGUUAAUUUCCACAAAAAAACUAUUUCAAAAUGACUGGCGGCGGCAAAUCUGGUGGCAAGGCCUCUGGCUCCAAGAACUCCCAGUCCCGUUCAUCCAAGGCGGGUCUUGCUUUCCCCGUUGGUCGUGUCCACCGUCUUCUGCGAAAGGGCAACUACGCUCAGCGUGUCGGUGCCGGCGCUCCCGUCUACCUGGCCGCUGUCCUCGAGUAUCUCGCUGCCGAAAUUCUGGAGUUGGCUGGCAACGCCGCUCGUGACAACAAGAAGACCCGUAUCAUCCCCCGUCACCUUCAGCUCGCCAUCCGAAACGAUGAGGAGUUGAACAAGCUGCUGGGACACGUCACCAUCGCACAGGGUGGUGUUCUGCCCAACAUUCACCAGAACCUGCUCCCCAAGAAGACAUCGGGCAAGGCUGGCAAGGGCUCCAGCCAAGAAUUGUAAUUUCUGUUGGUCGUUUUUGCUGCUUUCUUUCGAGGUCGUUUUGGUUGUCAUAAAGGGG